AUGCCUUCCUUCGCUGUCGAUUCUCUGCGGAACCUCGCUGCACACCACAUACCCACCGACGAGGCCGAGAGGAAGGCACUCUACGAUGCUGCUCAGUCCUUGAUGUACAAGGUCGAAUCUGGUCAGGACACUGCGCAGAGACUAUACCAUGGUCAUCUGCCGCUGGCCACAGCGCAGACUGGCAUGGAUCUGAAUUUAUUCAGGUUCCUCGCUGAUCACUCCAACACUUCCUUCUCUACCAGAGAGCUGGCGAACAUCACCGGUUGCGAGCACUACCUACUGCUCCGCUUGUUGCGCUUUUAUGCCUCCCAUGGCAUGGUCCGGCAGGUGGAUAGCGAUACCUUCACCGCCUCCAACAUUACCCACAAUCUUGCUCUUCCUAGCACGGCAGCAGGUAUUAAGCACUAG